AUGGCGGAUCAACGGAAAAGUGAGGACCCGUUUCUCGGCAGUCUUCAGAAACUAGACGACGAGCUAACGUGUCCAGUAUGUUCAGACCACUUCACGGAGCCCAAGGUCCUACCGUGCCUCCAUUUCUACUGUAAGACGUGCAUCGCGGACCUCAUAAAACGCGCGAAGGGCCGCCCGUUCACCUGUCCCGAAUGUCGCCGCGAGACCAACGCCGAGGAAGACAACCCGGAUAAUCUACCGACGGCAUUUUUCGUGAAUCGGAUGGAAGAGCUGUUUUCGGUAAUGAAAAAGGCGGAGCGGAAAGACAGCGUCACGUGCGAGAGCUGCCGUUCGCAGCUACCUGCCGCGGAUUUUUGUCACGACUGCAGCAAGUACAUCUGCACCGACUGCGCUAAAGCCCACAGGCAAAUGUGGUUACUCUCUUCACACAGUGUCGUUUCCAUCGAUUCACUCCGCUCGACGAUUAGUAAGAACCCGCCUGAAAAGCUUCAAGUAUUUUCCCGCGAGGUAAAAUGCAGCAAGCACAAGGACGAACCGCUAAAGUUAUAUUGCCACGACUGCAGCAAGUUGGUUUGUCGCGAUUGUAUUGUUAUCGACCACAAAGACCACGAGUAUGCGUUUGUUAUCGAUGCUGCUCCACUGUGCAAGGCGGAAAUACAAGAAAAAUCGGAAUCGGUAAAGAAGAUAACAGAAGGUGUAAAAUUGGCCGUGAUAUCGCUGGGCGAAUCAAGGAAAAAGCUCUCAGACCAUGGAAUUGCGACUACAAGAGCUAUCGACCAAGCGAUCGAUGAAAUUGUCGCAAAAUUGGCAGAGAAACGGAGGGAAAUGAAAGAAAAAGCAAGUCGCAUCGUGGGCGAGGCAGAAGAAAAAAUAGCUGCCCAGGAGAAGAAUGCUCAACUUGCGGUGGGGGAGCUGGUGAGCCUGCAAGAGUUUAUGAGUCGUAGUCUUGAAACAGAAACCGAUCAAGAAAUACUGAGUCUGAAGAAGCAAGUGUCCGAUCAGGUGGAGAGGGUGGGCGAGCUUUAUAGCGAUGCUGAUAGGAAGUUCCCACUGCCAGAGCUACCAGAACUGGUGGUAAAGUGUGGGGAGAGGGUUAAUCAGGCGAUAGAAACGGAGCUAUCUGUAGCUCAGAGGGAGCUUGAAAAGGAAGUAGCAGUAGUGGCUUCAUUUGGAAAAGAUGAACCUGGUGAACCAUAUGAUGAAGUAGUGGAUGCAAUACCACUAUCUGCUACACUGAUUAACCCAACAAAUAUACUCAACAGAGAAGAGGAAUGUAUGCCACCAUGGGGUCAUACAAAGGCGCCCCAACUAAGGGAGGCAAUAUGGGAUUCAAUACCAAGUGGGGAAGGAGAGCCAAUACGGGGUCAUAAAAGAUACCAAAAAGACAAAGGUGGACCAAUUGGAGUAUCACUAAGGAGUGGUAUCUGGCCUGAAAAAAAUGAGGAAACAAAAAACAAAAAGGCCGUUAGAUGGGGUCAAUGA